ACAGUAGGUGCGAUAAGACGACUCGAGUCUGGUAUGAAUUACUAUAAAAGCUUGUGGCCACGGUGAUGAUGAGGCACAUACCUAGUGCACAGCUCAGUGUCAGUCCGGUUACGUGUGUCGCCGUCGUGGUGUCCGUCCGUUCAAUCGAAAAAUCGCAAAAAUUGACAAUUAUAACGCUCUACACACUAUCCACAUCCUCUAUACACGUCACGUUUCGUCGUACAAAAAUACAAACGAACGCUUAAAAAUCGUACUAUUGUUAUUAGUUAUUACUUGUCAGUUAUUAGUUAUUACUGUUUUUUCCCGAGGCCGCAAUGUCCGUAGCGUCGUGGUCUGUCGUCGCGUAUAUCUGUCUGACGUCGGCGGCGAUCUGUUACCCGACAGCGGCGUCGUCAUCGCCACCGCCGAGAGUACGCGUCGACUCCGGCGAACUUUCCGGCGGCGUGGCACACACGCUCAUCUCGGGCCGACCGCUGUACGCUUUCCUGGGCGUACCCUACGCCAGUCCGCCCGUCUACGAGAACCGUUUCAAGGAACCUCAACCAGUAAAACCAUGGAUGGGUGUAUGGAACGCCACCAUUGCCGGGAGUGAUUGUUUAGGUCUAGACUCUACAUUCAGUGUAGUUGGACGUGAAGAUUGUCUAUACCUCAAUGUCUAUACUCCAAAACUACCCCAAGAAGGGCUGAUAUCCGGCGGCUUGAUGAACGUGGUCGUGUUCAUCCACGGCGGUGCGUUCCAGUUCGGCUCGGGCAUCGGUAACAGCCCGCACUAUCUUUUGGACAGCGAAGAUUUCGUGUACGUAUCGAUCAAUUACCGGUUGGGGCCUUUGGGAUUUGCGAGCACCGGUGACGACUUAUUGCCAGGAAACAACGGCCUCAAGGAUCAGGUGGCGGCCCUCAAGUGGGUCCAGCGAAACAUAGCCGCGUUCGGCGGCAACCACGAUUCGGUGACCAUUGCCGGAAUGUCUGCAGGUGGGGCCAGUGUCCAUUACCACGCCAUAUCACCCAUGUCGGAGGGUUUAUUUAAUCGAGGAAUUGCUGAAAGUGGAAGUGCUUUUUGUGGCUGGGCUCUCACAGAAAACACAAUUCAAAAGACUAAGGAAUUAGCUGAGUCACUAGGAUGUUCUACAUACUACUCGAAAGAUAUCGUCGAAUGUCUUAGAUCGAGACCAGCAUUAGCCAUUGCAGACUCUUUAAAAAAUUUCUUAGUGUGGAAGUACAAUCCUUUUACACCAUUUGGUCCAACUGUCGAAACAGGCGGAACAGGACGGUUUUUAACGGACUUACCAGAGAACUUACCGAUUCAAAAUGUCCCACUGUUGUUCAGCUUUACUGAAGACGAAGGCCUCUAUCCAGGCGCUGAAUUUAUAUCAGACGAAGAAAUUCUAGUUGACAUGGAAUCCAACUGGAACGAAAUACUACCAUUCAUACUUGACUACAAUAACACAAUUUCAGAUGAAUCACUGAGAUCGGAAAUCGCACAGAAAAUAAAAACAUUUUACUUUGGAAACAACACAGUGUCUGUAAACACUAAAAAUGAAGUCGUUAAAAUGCUUACAGACAGGUUGUUCCAAGAACCGGUAGCUAGAGCAGCCCAGUAUUCGGCUUCAAUAAAUACAUCGCCGGUAUACUUUUAUGAAUUUAGUUAUAGGGGUAAAUACUCCCUUGCAGACAAAUUUUCCAAAAGUGGAUCCUCUCAAGGAAUGGGAGUAUCACACGGUGACGACACAAUGUACGUUAUAAAAAUCGGAUAUGGAGAUCCACACGACAACGUCGAAGACGCCAAGUUAAUUCCAGUCAUGGUGAACAUGUGGUUGUCAUUUGCCAAAACAGGAGUUCCGGACGUAGGAAGCUCUGCAGUAUGGUCACCGGUGUCAAAAAACCCUUCAGAUCCACUAAAAUUGAUUAAGAUCACACAGAAUCAAACAUUCGAACAGCAAGAAUACUCAAAUCCCGGCAACCAUAGUUUCUGGAGCACGUUGCCGCUAACUGAGUAUCACGCAACCUAACCUAACCGUUAAUCCGUCGAAAACCAUAAACCUCGACAAAUUAUAAGGAAAUCAGAAAAAAAAGCACCUAUUACCAUUAGAUAAUUUUACUGAUUUAGUUUAUGUUUUAAAAUUAGAUAACUAUCUACAAGGUAGAAAAAUAAGUCAAAACCAAAAUAAAAAUAUUUUAUUUGUGUUA